CCAUAGAGCUGGGGGCGGGCGGCCCGGUAUGGAGAGCAGCCCCGAGAGCCUGCAGCCGCUAGAACACGGGGUGGCGGCCGGGCCAGCGUCAGGGACAGGUUCUUCGCAGGAAGGGCUACAGGAGACCAGGCUUGCCGCUGGUGAUGGUGCUGGGGUAUGGGCGGCGGAGAGCAGCGGCGGGAAUGGGCUGGGGGCGGCGGCCGCCCGCAGGAGCCUCCCGGACUCGUCUUCUCCCGCGGGCUCUCCUGAGGUUCCCAGACCUUGCAGCUCCUCCCCGGGUUUGGACUUGAAGGAUAGUGGUUUGGAGAGUCCUGCUGCCGCUGAGGCGCCUCUGAGAGGGCAGUACAAGGUGACCGCCUCCCCGGAGACAGCCGUGGCCGGAGUGGGUCAUGAGUUGGGUCCCGCCGGAGACGCGGGAGACCGCCCGGAUCUCGCCGGCACCUGCCAAGCAGAGCUGACGGCCGCCGGCUCCGAAGAGCCCAGCAGCGCCGGCGGCCUCAGCAGCAGUUGCAGCGACCCGACCCCUCCUGGGGAAUCGCCGAGCCUGGACUCUCUGGAGUCGUUCUCUAAUCUGCAUUCUUUUCCCAGUAGCUGCGAGUUCAAUAGUGAGGAGGGAGCGGAGAACAGGGUCCCUGAGGAGGAGGAGGGCGCGGCGGUGUUGCCCGGGGCUGUUCCUCUGUGCAAGGGGGAGGAGGAGGAGGAGGAGACCGCUCAGGUGCUGGCGGCCUCCAAGGAACGCUUUCCGGGACAGUCUGUGUAUCACAUCAAGUGGAUCCAGUGGAAGGAAGAGAACACACCCAUCAUCACCCAGAAUGAGAACGGACCCUGCCCCUUGCUGGCCAUCCUCAAUGUUUUGCUCCUGGCCUGGAAGGUGAAACUUCCACCGAUGAUGGAAAUCAUAACUGCUGAGCAGCUGAUGGAAUAUUUAGGAGAUUACAUGCUUGAUGCAAAGCCAAAAGAAAUUUCAGAAAUUCAACGUUUAAAUUAUGAACAGAAUAUGAGUGAUGCCAUGGCAAUUCUGCACAAACUACAGACAGGCCUGGAUGUAAAUGUAAGAUUCACCGGUGUUCGAGUGUUUGAAUAUACACCAGAAUGCAUAGUAUUUGAUCUUCUUGAUAUUCCUUUGUACCAUGGGUGGUUAGUAGACCCUCAGAUUGAUGACAUCGUAAAAGCUGUUGGUAACUGCAGCUACAACCAACUAGUGGAGAAGAUCAUCUCUUGUAAACAGUCAGACAAUAGUGAGCUGGUUAGUGAAGGCUUUGUAGCUGAGCAGUUUCUAAAUAACACAGCCACUCAACUGACAUACCAUGGAUUAUGUGAACUAACUUCAACGGUUCAGGAAGGAGAACUUUGUGUGUUCUUUCGGAAUAAUCAUUUUAGCACCAUGACCAAAUACAAGGGUCAACUGUAUUUGUUGGUAACGGACCAGGGGUUUCUUACUGAAGAAAAAGUUGUUUGGGAAAGCCUACACAACGUAGAUGGUGAUGGAAAUUUCUGUGACUCAGAAUUUCGUCUUCGGCCUCCUUCAGAUCCUGAAACUGUAUACAAAGGACAACAAGAUCAGAUAGAUCAGGAUUAUCUUAUGGCAUUAUCUCUACAACAAGAACAGCAGAGCCAAGAGAUCAAUUGGGAACAAAUCCCAGAAGGAAUCAGUGAUUUGGAACUAGCAAAGAAACUCCAAGAGGAAGAGGACAGACGGGCUUCUCAAUACUAUCAGGAACAGGAACAAGCAGCAGCAGCUGCUGCUGCUGCUUCUACACAGGUUCAGGGCCAGCCAGCACAGGCCUCUCCAUCAAGUGGAAGACAAUCUGGGAAUAGUGAACGUAAACGGAAGGAACCGCGAGAAAAAGAUAAAGAAAAAGAAAAGGAAAAAAAUAGCUGUGUUAUUUUGUAACAAGUGUUGGCUUCUGUUGGAACCACCUAUAUGUCUUGAGAAACAAAACCACAGGAGGAAAGGAAGAAAACCUGAUCAAUACCGUCUGUGCCUGAUUUCCCAAUGGAUUUUGUUCAUGUUUUUUCAGGGGAAAGGUUGUUACUUAGUUACAAUCAGACUUUUUCAAGUCACACAAUACACUCUUUAUGAGCUGGAGUUUCGUGUUACAAGUUGGAAAUGCUGUGUGUUGUCAUUCCUGAAAAAUACUGCACUUGUAGCCAGAUAAGCAAAUCACAGCAAAUUUUGUGUCAUAGUGACAUUCAUAACUCAUAUCAGUUAGUAAGCUAUUAUAUCUUCUGUUCUAACAAUGAAUGGAGGUAAUUCAUUUAGUCUGAUUCCUUCCUGAAAUCUAAAUAUUAGCACAAUAGUUUCUGAAAUUUUACAAUGUUAAAUUAUGAUCUAAUCCAUGAGAAACCACGGGUUUAACAUAGGGAUUCAAAAAAAACAAAAACAAACAAAAUAAUAGGAAUAAAUAACCCUUAAUUGUAUAUUGGACUAGUUCAGCCCUUAAACAGCUUUACCUUUAUUUAGGAAUGUACAUUUUAGGUAUUAUCUUGAGAAUUGAUCAUGGAGCUUAGAUUUAAUUUAGAUAGCAAAAAUAAAGAUCUGUAUUUCUUUUCCAAUAGCAAAAGGUUGCAUAACACUAAUACUUAUAACCUAUCAAUAUCAGAUAUUAAUGACUUUGUAGUGUUGUAAAAUUUUGAGGAAUUUUGGAGUCUUUAUCAUAGGUAACCUGGACCACAGUUGCUAUUUAUUGGCAAUGUGAUUGAGUAUAUGGAGGAAAGCACAGUGGAUGCUAGGCCUUGUAAAUAUGGGGAUGUAGAAAAGCAGAUAGUUCAGUGUCUACCUUUUUCUAGUAUUACCUUGAACCUUAAAUUUUAAGUCAUGUUUAUUGCUAGAAAAUUAAAUGUACUUAUUAAAACCAAUGAAAAAGCACAUUUCUGAAAGGAAGUUAGAGAUAAUCUCUGUGUCUUGUGAAAAGACAUUAAUAAAAAUCUGAGAG